GGUUUCGCUUCAUUCCUGACCUACAAUCUCGACACGUAUACCCUUAAUGGAAUGAGUCUACGAUCUCGUCACUGCUUGUUAGCUUUGCUCUUGCUACUUGCGGUUCUCUAUAUUGUUCAUUUGCAAGCACCAGGUCAGUUUGACGCGGAAUGGGAUGGCGCAAAGGAAUACCUGUCGUCUGUCUCACAUCGAACCGCACCGCUCGCCAACGCAACGCUGUUGGUGCUUGCGCGAGAAGGCGACCUUGAUGGAGUCUUGGCGAGCAUGCGUGGGCUCGAGAACAGGUUCAAUCGCAACUAUCACUAUCCCUGGGUGUUCCUGAGCGAGGUUGAGUUCUCCGAAGCAUUCAAGGCUAACGUAUCGGAAGCCGCGAGCUCUCCAGUCGAGUUCGGUCUCAUCCCACCGGAACACUGGUACAUGCCCGAUUGGAUCGACGCGGAGAAAGCGGAUCGGGAGAUGGCGCAGCUGGCCACUGUGCCGAACAUACCCUAUGCAAAGAGUAUUCCAUACCGAAACAUGUGUCGCUUCAACGCCGGAUUCUUCUACAGGCACCCGCUUCUGCUGAAGUACAAAUACUACUGGCGGGUCGAGCCGAACGUUCUGUUCCGAUGUAACAUCGACUUCGAUCCUUUGCAGUUCAUGGUCAGCCAUAACAAGACAUAUGGUUUCGUUAUCGGUAUCAAGGAGAUCAAGGAAACGGUGACGACCCUUUGGCAAACUACGAAAGAAUUUAUGGAAAAAUAUCCGCAAUACAUUCCCGAGAAGAGCACUAUCUCGUGGGUGGCCAACACUCGGACGGGAAACUAUAACCUCUGCCAUUAUUGGAGCAACUUCGAGAUCGCGGACAUGGACUUCUGGCGAGGCGAGGCAUACUCGGCGUACUUCGACUACCUCGAUCAGGCAGGAGGGUUUUACUAUGAGAGAUGGGGCGAUGCUCCGGUGCACAGUAUCGGCGCUUCUAUCCUCCUACCACCGACCGCAUUCCACUUCUUUGAUCGGAUAGGAUAUACGCAUCAACCCUUCACGCAUUGCCCUCGCCUCCACGAAGAUAGGCAAGUAGGGCUAUGCGAUUGUGGAGAACGCGACUCCGUGGACACCACGAUCUUCUCGUGUACGGGACGCUGGCUAAAAAUCAUGAAUCGACUCACGCCCGGAGGAGGGUGGAGGGACGUGGACGACUUUUCGUAUCCUUGA